AUGGGUGUCAUCCCGAACCCACCUGCAACAAUCGAAGUCUGUUCUUCACCUCCAUUCUCCCCUACGGAGAUUAGUCGAAGUCCAGGUUUCAUCCCGAAUCCACAUGGAACAUUCGAAGUCCCCUACAGUUCUCCCCCUCCGUCUUCCCCUUCUUCUUCCCCCCAAGCUGCUUCGCAGCAGAGGAUCGCUCAAUCAAAUUUCUUCCCUCCCUCCAAUACUAAUAUCUUUCAACAAGUCUUGGAUUCGGAUUUCCGCCCUCGAUACGAAAAUGGCGGAUCCUACAACCCUACUCCACAAGAACGCGCCGAGGCGAAAAGAGAUCCCCGUUUCAGCAGAUUCAACAGUAUGUCCAAUGCUCUUUUUAUUGCCCAGGAAAAUUACCAUCGUCGUGUACAAGAGUACUAUGAGACAAACCCACAUAUGAGACCAACCCCUGGAACGAUCAGCAACCGAACUGAAGAUCCUACCAACUCGUCAUUGCUUGGUUGCUCUCAGAUUUCUGGCGAAGAUGAUCUUCUUCCCCCCCAUUCCACGGGAGAAAUCAUCAGAAACCCGACAGGCAGCAAUGGAACCUCAAUUCCUCUUAUGUCUGACCCUUUGGACGAACCCCCAGACGUCGUUGUGAAUUUCAACCCAGACGGUACACUCGCUGAUGAUCAAGUUGCAGCUGCCGUUUCCGACUCGGACGAUGAAUCACCUUUGACCCGCGCUCGCACCAAAGCUGAACAAUUCAAACCGAAGACCCCGAGCCGUCUGCGUGAAGCUCAUCGCUCUAGCAUGAACCGUUCCUCGCCCUUUUCCCAGACCGCCAUUACCCCUAUUGUUUUCGAUCGCCAAGAACCCUCGAACCACCCAGCACCCGAGGAUAAUCCAGCACCCGACAACCACCCAGCACCCGAAAACCAUCCAGCGCCCGAGAACCACCUAGCACCCGAGAACCAAGAAUUCUUCAACACCCUUGAGGACAUCGAGAAAUACGCCGACGCCGAUUGGCUCUACAGGCAAUGCCCCAGCGGGGACUUGCGUCAGCUGAAGUGGCCGCCGAAGAUCAGUCUUAUCGAUCAAAUUCGCUCCCAUGGAGUCAAUCUCACGGAGGAAAUCGCCCUGGCGGAUGAAGUUUGGAAUGACCCGGUUCAGCGACAGAUAGAUCUCAAUGCGAUGCGGACUGUGCUUGCGACAUCCAUGAGCAAGCCUUUCGGUGUUCCUGUUGACAUGUCUGCAUGGGAUUCACGACCCGGUAAUCGCUUGGAUUAA